CAUCGUAUUAUUUUAUUAUUACGCUCGUAAAUCAUUAGAAAGUUGACAGAUUAUUUCAGUUUAUGAAAUGAUCUGUUGACGAAAAACGACUCAAUAGAAAUCAUUAUUUUCAAAUAAAACUCAAAUUGCAUUCGAUGUAUAGUUCGUUGGAAGCGCAACUAAGAUUAAAAUGAUAAAAUCAACAGCUUUCAAAUGGGUAAGUUUAAUUAAGACAAAAGAAUAAACGUAAUAAACAGGCAAAACAUUACUAAACAUGAAAGCACUUGAAUUAGUCGUGAAAAGAAUAAUUUGAUAUCAGUCAAAUUCGAAAAAAAAGUUGAAUUGCAAAGCGGAAAAGGACCGAGAAAGAAUUAAAAAAAAGGUUUUUUAAUAUCAAGGACGUUAUCGUCAUUUCCUUGACAGCACUGAUAUGCACAGGAAGUAUCCCUCAAAUAAUUGAUGUGAAAGUGUUCAAGGAAGUAUAGAGAGGUGCUCAUCAGGCCUUCAUUAUCACAAUUUAGAACAGCUUCAAGCUUUCUUAUCGACCAAUCAGCAGGUCGACAUAAACAAAACCCCAUCACUGAAUCAGACGAACAUAACAAAAAACUUCAAAAGCAGAGCAAGAUUCAUUAUCCGAAAUGUCUUGAUUAUUAUCAAGCCAAAGUUGACUAUCUCAAUAUUAUGCGAUAAAAAUAGGCACCUUAGUAGGGCUACUUUUGCGCUUUGCGCGUUGAAUAAACAACUUUAGAAGGAAAUGCAAAUAGCUUAUGAAAACUGAAACUCCGGACACCAAUUAUAUUAAAGACCAAAGACACAUACUAUUCUAAGGAGGACAGUCAAAGAGAAAGCGCGAGGCAGGUAUGUCUUGGUUGGUCGUUUUGUUUCUAAUACUGUGCUUGUCAAGCGAAUGCUCAUCAAGUCAUGCCCCAAGCAAAGUUAUAAGGACGCCAGGAGAUAUAAUUCUUGGCGGGCUUUGUCCGCUUAACUACCCGACGAACUCUAAAGAUGACAAAGCGAAAAAGGUGUUUGGUGAUGGAUGUAAAGGGAGCUUUAACUAUAGAGGGCUUCAACAUGCUGAAGCCAUUUUGUACGCUGUGGACCAAAUUAAUCAAAAUCCAGGAAUUCUGCCCGGUGUUCAGCUUGGUGUUGAAAUCAGAGACACCUGCAAUAGCGUCGACCAUGCAAUUCGUGAAACUCUUCAAUUCAGCUUUGUACAAGACGCAUACCGCCAAGGAGAAGGUGGACAGUGCGUGGGAAAUGUAGCUCAAAAUUCAACGGGAAACACUGUCGCUAUCAUAGGAGCGGCUUACAGUGGAAUUACCAUGGCAGUGACUAGCUUAGCAGGUCUUUUUUACGUCCCUGUAGUGAGCUACGCAUCAACAAGCCGUCUUCUUGAAGACAAGUCGAGGUUCAAGUACUUCUUGAGAACCGUCCCCUCAGACAACCUCCAAGCACAGGCUAUGGUUGGCAUCAUUCAAGCAUUCAACUGGAGCCUUGUGUCGACCAUUGCCUCUGACACGGAAUACGGGAGAUCAGGAAUCGACGCAUUUCGGACAACUGUAAAUAAACUAAAUCAGCCUAUCUGUAUAGUMGUAAAUGCUUUGUUUACUACAAGAACAAAGAAGUCUUAUUUAAAGAGAGUCAUGAAGAAGCUUCGGGAUCAUUCCAAGGCGAAGGUAAUUGUUCUUUUCGCCGAGUUAAACGACGCAGAAUACUUCAUUAAUAUKGCUAAAGAGGAAAACUUGAAAGGGAAAAUUUGGAUUGGUUCGGAUGCUUAUGCCAAGUCUUUCCAUAUUUUGAACGGUAACGAGGAUAUUCUUGCAAACUGGAUUUCUUUAUCCCCWGAGGACAAGCAGUACAAGCCGUUUAAGGAAUACUACAUGAAUCUGACACAAAAACGAAUAGAGAGAAACCCCUGGCUAUCCAAAUAUAGUGCCGAUCUUUCUAAACAAUUCAACUUGUCUGAGCGUAUUGACUUCUCUACUUACACUGCUACAGCAAUAGAUGCUGUUUUCGCGGUAGCGCACGGACUUCACGAUAUGUACAGGUGCAAUCAGUUUGGCUGCAACACGAAUACGACGCAAAUUGACCAGAMWAAUGCGUAUGAUUUCAUUAAAAAAGUAUCUUUUAUUUCGCCGACUGGGAACAGYGUAAAGUUUGAUUCCAGUGGAAGUGCAGGUAGUCGAUACAUGAUCACAUACUUAAACAACAAAACUACUGCAGGCAACGYCUUUCAUGUUCUUGGUAAGUGGAAUUUGAAGACUGGUUUCAAGUUUUCCAAAAAUUACAGACAUUCUAAGAACUCACUCAUGAAAAAUCUAACAUCAUCUUGUAGCAUCAAGUGYSCCCUUGGCUAUCGUAAAACACCUCAGCAUAAUUUCCCAAAGUGUUGCUGGGAAUGUACCCGUUGUCCUGGUAACGCUAUAACAAACACCUCAGAUUUCGCAGCGUGUAUCACGUGUUCUCCAGGAACGCGCGCCAAUCAGGGAAAAUCUUCAUGUGACGUCAUUGAGCCCACRAUAAUCGUCAUGACGACRGCAGGCUUGGUGGUGGUCGGGACGUACAGCUUGGGGAUGAUGGUAGUGUUGGUAACCAUAGCCGUGUUUAUCAGACAYAGAGAAAGUCCUGUAGUCCGGGCCUCAAGUAAAGAGCUGUCCUACGUUAUUUUAUGGGGAAUCGCAGUAAAUUUGACAAGCAGUCUUCUCGUCACUUUGAAACCUACAACAAUCCUUUGUCAACUMCGSCCAUUCUUAUCAAGUGUSGGAAUAGUGAUGGUGAUUGGUUCUUUACUUUCGAAAACUAACCGMAUCUCUCGUAUUUUCAGCCUAAAGACCAUGCGCACUGGAACAACUCAAUUUGUCAGCAUAAAAUGGCAGCUUAUMUUUGUGUGCAUUUGUGUACUAAUAGGCAACGCCGUAUCRGCKGUGUGGAUCAUCAUUUCACCUUUUGAGAUCGUCACAGUCCCUCAYGGYGAACGUGAAGUAACAAUCGAGUGYUCGGAGAGUGCUGGGACGGGUUUUGCUAUAUGGGCAACUUAUCACGUUGGGCUUGUUUUGCUCUGUACUUAUCAAGCAUUCCURGUUCGUAAGGUYCCUGAGAACUAUAACGAGGCCAAGUUUAUUGCUUUCACUAUGGUMACCCUGUGUUUAACAGCUGCAGUCUAUAUACCUACAUACUACGGCACACGAGGAGCGUAUCGGCUUGUGUUAACUGCCUCCGUUUAUCUAUUCUGCAGUUUUACGACUUUAUUUUGCCUUUUUGGGCCUAAAAUGUACAUUAUCUUGUUCAGACCCGAGAAGAACCAGCCACUGCGACCGAGAGUAGAAUCCGGCAGACCUCAGUUGCAGCGUUCAGUUUCUGCUUUGGCUAUCAGCUCUAACUCUAGUUCACUGACUGCACAGAAUAAAACUCUCAGUUUCAUCUCAUUAGUAAAUAAUACUUAACUCCAGKGGAGUGAAGUCCAAAAACCCGUGAAAUUGAUAUUACACUAAUAUAUGUUASAACGCUCUAAUUACAUUGAUUUUCUGAAAACAAAGCGUCCAUUCAACACAUUGUGAUUAKAAGUGCCUAAAUAAGUGAAAAAGCCGCAUUUCUUUAGUUUUACGACAAUCAUUGUUGCCGCUAGUCAAAGACAAACCAAAAACAAUGAAGUUAGAAAGAGAAUGGUUAAGUAAAUGAAGGUGGUGGAAAACAGGUUUAUUAAGAUUGUUGCCACGAAUAAAAAUUAUGCUUGAUUAAAGCUAAGAUUGCACAAAGAUAAUUUGAACUGGAGUUUAGUCAAGGUUYUUUCAUGGGUUUUAUGACUUCAAUCGAAUGCAAAACAAAUGAGAAUUUUUUUUGAAAUUCAGUUUUUUUAAGCAUAGGGAUAUUCCAAGCAAAAAGUCUCGAAGACAUGGAACGACCGUCAAUAUACCGCCGUCAAUGUYAUAAUAGCCGGUACCAUGGCAAAAUAUUUAUUUUUAGUUCUUGCUUUGUAAUGAAGAAAUACGCAUAUAAAUAUGCAAUAUUUAUAAAUAUUUACAAAUGAA